AUGGCGGUUCAAUUAGGUGCUGAAUGUAAAGUGUCUAUUAAAAACAUAGAAGAAAUUUUAAUGUUAGAUUCCAACCAAGAAAGUGCCGAAAAAAUCGACAGGGAAUUAAUUGCGAUAAUCGGCCCGGUUGGAUCCGGGAAAACAACGUUAUUAAAUUUAUUUCUAAAAGAACUCACCCCCAAAGAAGGUGAGGUAGAAAUUCCCGAAAAUAUUUCAUUUUGUUCUCAAACCCCAUGGCUGUUUAAUUCAUCAAUUAAAAAAAACAUCAUUUUUAACCAACAAUUCGACAAAACGCGUUACCAACAAAUCUUAAAAUUAACAACAUUAAACAAAGACAUCGAAAACCAAAGUAAUCGAGAUAACACUUUCGUCGGAGAAAAAGGGAUGUUUUUAAGCGGUGGCCAAAAAUCAAGAGUUAAUUUAGCCAGAUCUAUUUAUAAAGAAUCGGAUCUUUACAUUUUUGACGAUCCAUUUUCAGCUUUGGACGCGCAACUUGCAAAAAGCGUGUUUGAAAAGUGCGUUUUAAAAUUUUUAAGGGGCAAAACACGCAUUGUUGUUACGCACAAUUUGGAGAUUUUGAAAGAUUUUGAUAAAAUUGUUAUUAUGAGUGAGGGUGGAAUAGAAACUCAAGGAAAUUACUCGGAUUUAUUAGCAUCGAGAAACGAUUAUUUAAUUUCUUCUUUACAAACUUUAAGGAGGCGAUCUACUAUUAUAGAUAUCGAUGUUAAGAUGAGCAGAAGAAAACCAUCACUAAUUUCGAGGCUAUCAUCUUUAUCGCUUUUGAGCACCUUAUCUGAAACUCAAGAAGACCUCGAUGAAAAAACCACAAAAGAAGUAACACUAAAACAAGGAUUUUUACCAUAUAAAGAAUAUUUAAAAUCAACGGGAGGAUUUAUUCCAAUAACAAUUUUGGCAUUCUUAAUGAUUUCGGCUCAAAUUUCAAGUAGUUUGUUUGAUUAUUUCAUAACAAUUUGGGCAAAUUCGUCUUACUCAAUCAUCUCAAAAACCGAUUUCACCUACUUUUACAUCUUUACCUUUUCAAUCCUUCUCCUAACACUUUUAACAACAAUACGAUCGUUUUAUUUCUUUAAACUAUCCACAACAGCCGCAAAUAACCUUCACACCUCAUCAAUUGAAGCGUUAUCAAAAACUUCGAUUCAAUUUUAUGAUGAAACCCCAUCGGGAAGAAUUUUAAAUCGUUUUUCGAAAGAUGUAGCAACAAUUGAUACCAUUUUACCUAGGGUUGUAAUCGAAUCAUUACAAUUUUUUUUACAAACAAUUGGGAUUAUGGUUAUUAUUUGUUUGUGUAAUUAUUAUUUGGUUGUUGCGGUCGUUGUAAUUUUUGGGAUGUUUGUGAAAUUUCCCGUUUGGUAUUUGGGAACUUCCAGAAAAAUUAAGCAUUUAGAAGGGAUUGCAAAAAGUCCGAUUUUAUCGCAUUUAGCUACUACUUUAGAUGGAAUCGUAACUAUAAGAACUUUUAGAAUAACAUCAAUAAAUGGAAGUUUUGUUGGUUUGGCUAUAACCCAAGGAAUGAUUUUAACGCGAAUCGCUCAACACGGUGUUCGGCAAACAACGGAAGUAAUCAAUCAGAUAACUUCAGUUGAAAGAAUCGUUGAGUACAAAACUUUACCUCCGGAAAGAACUAAACUUGAUUCAAAAAAAUUUGAUGAUUGGCCAAAAAAGGGCCAAAUCGAAUUUAAAGAUGUUUCAUUAAAAUAUUCCGAAUUCGAUGGAAACAUUUUGAAACAUUUAAAUUUCUUAGUUAAUCACCAAGAAAAAAUUGGAAUCGUUGGGAGAUCAGGAGCUGGAAAAUCUUCAAUCAUUUCUGCAAUUUUUCGAAUGGCAAAAAUCGAGGGAUCGAUUAAAAUCGAUGAAAUCAAUACAGAAAGUAUCCCUUUAAACGUUCUUAGGGAUAAAAUCUCAAUAAUUCCUCAAGAACCAGCCUUAUUCUCAGCUUCGGUAAGAUUUAAUUUAGAUCCUUGGAAUAAAUACGAAGAUUCGCAAAUUUGGAACGCCUUAAACGAGGUCGACUUAAAAGGUUUAAUCAGCAACUUAGACGUGGAAAUUGAAAAUGCUGGUUCAAAUUUGAGCAUGGGCCAAAAACAACAGAUCUGUUUGGCCAGGGUGAUUUUGAGAAACAAUAAAAUUUUAAUCAUGGAUGAAGCCACCGCGAAUAUGGACACUAAAACCGAUGAUUUAAUCCAAAAAACGAUUAAGAAACAUUUCAAACAUUGCACGAUUCUCACUGUGGCUCAUCGAUUAGAGACGAUAAUCGAUUCAAAUCGGGUUAUGGUGUUAUCUUUUGGGCAUCUCGAAGAGAUGGAUCAUCCUUAUUUAUUGUUGCAAAAUAAAAAUAGUUCGUUUUAUAAGUUAGCUUAUGAAUGCGGCCCGAUUAAUUUAAAAGAAUUAAUCGAUAUUAGUUCGAAAUCGUUUCAACUCAAAUAAAAUUUCAAUAUAAA